UUCGGGUGUUGAUCGGGUGUGAGGAUACCACUUUCUCUUUUGCUUUAGGCAUUGGAAUUUCUUGGUCCACCUUUGAAUUAUCACUUCCUGGAAGAGGAAAUGGCUGUUCAAAUGUAAAAUGCUCAACCUCAGACAACAACAAGGCUUUAUGGCAUUAGGCAAGGAAUGAAAGUGAAAACGGUUAACCUUUUUGCAACUGACUCCUUAGUUAAUUAUGCAGCCAGGAAAGUCCCAGCCUGAAAGUAGCCUCCCUUCCUUCCAGGAAGGGAGGGAGGGUAAGUGUAGAGAAGGGUUCAAAGUCUGGUUGGUUUGUUUUCUAUCCCCUGAAGAAGUUUAGUCUCAACAAGAGAAAAAAAAAUAGGAUUUAGAUAGCUCUGAACUGUGAAAUAAGCUCUCCAUAAGCAUUAGCUGAAACUGAGAUUCAUCAACGAACAUCUGCUUUUUGGGAACAUUUCCUUACUUUGGUUUUCUUUGUGUAGCUUUUUUAUUAUGGCUUUUAAUUCUCCUCGUCAAAUCUUACUUAUCUGAACAGCUUUGGAUACAGAAGAUGACUUGAGUGUGGCAGAAUUGUUUUACGCAAGAGAAAAAUCUUCCAGGUUUCUGUCUUGUGAGAAUUCGUACAGAAAAUAUUUAGCAAACAGUAAAAGGAAAUCAGAAGAAGACUGGGAUUUGGAAGAGCAACCAGUGUUUGGAUUCAUCCUUCCUCCUCUAAGCCAUGUGAUUUCUGAAGUGUGAAAAUUCUUCAGAAGAUGAUCAGAGCUAUCAGAAACUCCUGUACACCAGUGACCAUGGACUUUGACCUCAAAAUGGGAGUAGAGUUUGCUUGGUAUUGGUUAGAUGAAAAGGGCAAGUGGAUUGAAUAUGGAGAAGAGGAUUCAGAGCACUGUUCUGCCACAAUGUCCUCAUCUGAAUUGGAAACUGCUUAUCUUACUAACCCCAAAGGGGUUGUUUUCUUCCGUGCUGGUACUCAGUUCUAUGAACUAAACUUCCAAGAAAUGGUUCAGAGGAACAUACACUACCAAACCAAGAGAAAAGUCUCCAGAAGGCCACGACGUAUCUUCUUUGACGACGAAAACAAGGGCCGUCUCUUUGAAUCUUCUCUUCUCCAUGAAAUUCCUUCAAGCUGGGACUACUCAGUUCUUCCUAAAAUCGGCUUUGCGCUGGUGACAGUGUCCAAUAGUACUGAAGAGUAUCAUGAAAUCAAGGAAUUAUUUAUGAACACAAUGGAAGGUUACACUAUCAACAAACUCCAAAGAAUUCAGAACCCGUCUCUCUGGGAAGUCUUUCAGUGGCAGAGAGAACAGAUGAGAAAGUUGAACAAAGGGAAAGCGGUGGAAGAAAGGCUUCUCUUCCAUGGUACAAACACUUCCUACUUGGAUGGUAUCUGUGCAAAUAACUUUGAUUGGAGAAUAUGUGGGACAAAUGGAACUCUAUAUGGAAAAGGGAGUUAUUUUGCCAGAGAUGCCAGCACAUCCAAUAUAUACUGCCAAUCGAACACUUGCACCAAGAGCAUGGUUGUAGCUAGAGUUCUAGUUGGAAAAUACGUUCCAGGAAACAGCACUUACGUUCUCCCCCCAUCUAGACCUGACCAACCAGGCUGUUUUUAUGAUAGCUGUGUGGACAAUAGUUUGGAUCCUUCCAUUUUUGUUAUCUUUGAGAAGCACCAGAUUUACCCAGCAUAUAUCAUUGAAUAUGAAAAAGCACCAUUACCUUCUGAUAAAUGUGUGAUCUUGUAAAAGCCUUUGUUGUCCUUAGUUUUUCUGAUAUAGGACAUCAGGAUGCCCUCCCCCCCCUUUGGACUACAAGUAUGGACUCCAGAAUUAUUGUUACAAUGUUUGUUGUUUAAAAUACUGCAGCAACUUCCUUCUUGAUUAUUGGCAUUUAGAGUCUCUAGUAGUCUAGUAACCUACUGCAGUGGCGCAGCGGGUUAAACAGUUGAGCUGUCAACCAUAAGGUUGGCAGUUCAAAUCCACAAGAUGGGGUGAGCUCCCGCUGUUAGCCCCAGCUUCUGCCAACCUAGCAGUUCAAAAACAUGCAAGUGUGAGUAGAUCAAUAGGUACUGCCUCAGCAGGAAGGUAACGGUACUCCAUGCAGUCAUGCUGGCCACAUGUCCUAGGAGGUAUCUAUGGACAACACCAGCUCUUCGGCUUAGAAAUGGAGAUGAGCACCACCACCCCCAGAGUAGGACACAACUAGAUGUAAUAUCAAGGGGAAACCUUUACCUUUAGUCGAAUGGAACUGGUUGCCUUUUUGUUUGAAUAGGAAAUAAACUGUACAAGAUGAUCCUGUCACAAAUUGGUCUUCUAUGUGAGAUGCAGAGCCACUAUGUAUAUAUAACAACUUCACACCCUUGUAAGAUGUUUAGGUCCUAGUCAGCAGUAAGUGUGUAUGUAUGUGUAUAUGUGUGAGUAUAUGUAGAUACACAUAUCCUGUAUCAGGGUUGAAAAUAGUUUGGGAAUUGCAAUUCCCAGAAUCUUUCAAGCAGCAUAAUGUUGUGUCUCCAAGUAGAAUCCAACUUAUGGCAGCUCUGAUGAUGGAAGGGUUUAUCUUGGCAAGAUUUAUCCAGGGGAGAUUUGCCAUUGCCUUUGUCUGAGAUAAUGUGAUUUGCCAGUGGAUUUUCAUGGGGGUUUGAGCCCUGGUCUCUCACAGUUUGAGUCCAGCUUUCAAACCCAUAUGCCUCUUUACAUGGCCAUUCCUUAAAUUUACUUACUUACGCGAUCCCUCAUAGUUCGAGGAUGAUUGUGACGGCGCGAGUGGCGCCACCUAUGUGUAAAACUGUUAGUUGCAAGAUUUAAACUGUUGUAUCAUGCUUAAUCCUGCCUUUUUACCCUGCUUAUGUAUGGUUGCUUUGAUUGGCUACUUACAGCUGUCAAUCAGUAUUGUUUGGCUCCACCUCUUCCUGGAGGAGGGGAGUGCUUCCCUUUUCAUUCUGCCAUCAGAGUUUCUAUCAGAUGGACGUGAGUAAGAGACUUGGCUCUAAAAGUCCCUGCUUAAAUUACCUCUCAGCACCAGUUCUGAGGUUUUUUACCCUUGAGACUUAUGUUUCAUGUUCAGACCAACCUGAACGAUGUUGGAAGUCUCAAGCGCCUUCAAACCGGUUCUUUUGGCACCAGAGGAAGAUCCUGAGUCUUCAAUCAUAGGCCAUUUGAACUGAGGUUGUGGUUUGCUCCAGCAUUCACAGCCAUUGAGGAAAGAGGAAACAGGAAAAGCUUCUCAGCUACAAACUCCUUGGACUUCAGAGAUUGUAAAGUAUAUUUCUUUUAUCCCUGUUGAAACAUCAAGAUUAUGCCUGAGAAAGAUAACUCAUUGUGAACAAUAAAUAGAAUUUCGAGUUA